CUUUAUUGAGCAUGUUAAGUUCCACGAUUCUUUGUCAUGAUUACCAAUUAAGUUUCCAAUUCUAGAUAUCCUGACAUGCUAGCUCUUACUCAGCCCAGUUUAUAGUUGUAGUUCGCUGACCUUGUCAGUCAAUUCGGUCAUAGCGACGCGGGGUCGGUUAUAGGAGGUCCGAAUCUAUACCAACCACAACGACUCUGUUCCGAACACGUGAAAUAUUCGUAAAAUACGAGGGAUCGUAGACGUUACUAUUUUAUAGUCUAGUGAUAAGAGCAAGCGUUAACCAAGGCUUGUACUUGAACUGCCGGGACGUGGAGGGCGUCUAGCCGGAACAGUGAGCACAACAGUUGCUAAUCGCCACCUUACACCUCCAGGUUAGUAGAUGAGGGGUUAGUGAUCCUCCGGCUAGCCCUACGAAUGUGACCCUGUUGGAUACUACCUACCAAGCUUCAGCUUCAGCUUCAGCCACUCAAUUGGCGGUGAAUCCUGAAGGCGUCUAAUACCUCAUCCCGCUGGCUAGGUGGCACUACUAAGCUUAUGGUGGGCCUUAGGGCCGCGCAUCCUUCCCCGUGAGAGCACCUCGGGGAGCAAUGGUCCCAGAGUUAGAGUAUACGUGGGGGACGCAUAAAUACAAGCUUUGGACCCCUCCAUAAUGUUCUAGAUCAGCUAUUUCUCUCUGGAUACUUAAAUCAUGUCUACACAGGAUCUCACAAAGCUCGCUGCUGAGCUGUCGGCCCAUGCCAAAGUUCUUCAAGACCAUCUUGAAGCUAACAAGCUCUCGGGAUUGUCCCUCGAUAAAGAUGCUUUGAUCGAUGCCCCAUUCGAUCCAGCAAACCUGGAGAUUCAAGGUGCCAGGGCGGCCCUUAUCAAGACGUCAAAGUUGAUCCAUGAUCUGGCACUUGGUCCAAAGGAAAUAAUGCUGGAGCGCUCAACGAAUACAAAAUUCGAUCAGAUGACCCUGCACGCCGUUGUGCGCUUUGGAAUCGCAGAGGCCAUCCCUCUCGAUAAGCCCAUUACCUUUGAAGCCGUGGCAAAGAAAGUUGGUCUCAGCACCGACCGAGUAACGCGCCUACUUCGCCAUAGCAUGACGAACAACUUGUUCGAGGAGCCACGUGCGGGAUACGUUGGCCACACGGCCUUGUCGUCCAUCAUUGUCAGGGAGCCGCUGAGCAGGUCGUGGAUCUUGCACAACUUCGAAGAAAUCGCGACCACCAAGUUCCUCGAAGCAUACGACAAGUACGGCGAGACCGACGAGCCGACUGAAACAGCAACUAGUCUUGCGUUCGAUUACUUUACUAAGCACCCCAAGGAUAAUCUCUGGACAUUCCUUGAGAACGAUGGUGAGGGUGAGCAGAAGGGCUACAGGAUGCGCAGGUUCGCAGAGGCUAUGGUCUGGGUCAGUGGCCACAAAAAUGACCAGGACAUGAUCCUAGCCACAGGCUUCGGCUGGGCCUCCCUUGGCGAAGCAACCGUUGCCGAUGUCGGCGGCUCCGUCGGUCACUGCUCCAUCGCCAUCGCCAAGAAAUUCCCCUCCCUGAAGUUUAUUGUUCAGGACUUCGGCGCGUUGGAGCCCGCCUUCCAGGCAGCCCUUCCCACCGAAAUCAAAGACCAAGUCUCCUUCCAACCGCACGACUUCUUCACGCCACAGACCACCAAGGCCGACGUCUACUUCCUGCGCCAUGUCCUCCACGACUACUCCGACCCGUACGCCAUCAAGAUCCUAAGGAAUCUGCUCCCGACCCUGGUUCCCGGAAACAGAAUCAUCCUCUGCGAGAUCGUGUUGCCGCCACCUGGGGCGCCGCUCCCACCAUCGGUAGUGAGGGUGAUGCACAGCAUUGACUUGCAGAUGAUGGUCGUGCAGAACGCCAAGGAGCGGUCGGAGGAGCAGUGGAUUGACUUGUUGGCGAGGGCGGAUAGCCGGUUCAAGCUUGUUAAUAUUGGGAGAGUGCCAGCGCUGCAGUCGUUCCUCGAAAUCAAGUUUGAUAGCGCUUGAUGGGGGUUCUGAGGAAGGUGCGACCUUAAUUCUUGGAUAAGCC